CGACGCAUAUGAAAAAUAGCCUGCUGUGUUGAAGUAUCAAUUCUAAAUCGAUUAAGUACCCUACUGUUUUUUGAACACAACACGGUUAUUGCGGCAUUUGUUAUAGGCUGUUUAGCUCCACCGUGGCUACGCGACGAAAAAGAGAAUUUGACAGGAAGAGGACAUACACUAUCUUUGUAUUAACGUGUGCUAAAUGUGAUGUAUUUUUUACUCGAAAGGGCUAAAAUAAUAAGCACGACAUUGCGGUGUUUGCGUAGAAACUGCGGAGCAUUAUGGUGCACUAUCAAAUCGUCAUAACCUGGGUAACUACAUUGCCCACAAUGCAGAUUGUUUGACAAAACGUGGAAGUUUCACUGUUUACGGAAGAAGUUUCGGUUAUGCUGAUGUUUGACACCCAGUUUGUUGGAUUUUAAGAAUUGAGUGACACAACAUAUGAAAUGGCAGCAAGGAAACACAACUUUGAAAAUGUGGUAAUCGGACACCUGAACAGUAUUAAGGAUAGAUUUUUUGGAGUGAAGCGUUCAAAGGUUGCUGAAGAAGAUGACAGCAGUUCGACGCAUGGAGGAGAAUUGGGUAGUUUUGACACAUUGCCGGUGGAAAUACACUUCCUCAUCAUGACAUUCCUGUCCCCUCAAGACCUGUGCAGACUGGGAGGUACCAGUCAAUACUGGCGAGCACUGAUUCGAGAUCCUUCUCUUUGGAAAUAUUUUCUGUUGCGAGACAUGUACCUGUGGUCAUCCGUUGACCACCUGUCCAUGCCUGACAUGAAUAGUCUCGAGACAGCCCUGAGUGAAAGUGCAAGUUCUGAGAGUCGAGAUUUUAUGGCAGACUACCUCAGAACGUGUCCAGCAUGUCGCAGCCAGUGGCAGCAGUCCGGCAGCAGGCCGGCAACGGCACACGGGACGGUCACGUCCUUCUUGAAGUCCAUGGUGGUUGCUGCGGCGGAGCCACGCUUCGCCAUGUUCGGGCCGGGCUUGGAGCAGCUGGAGGCCUGCCUGGUGCUGAAGCUGCUCAACUCCCCCGACAUCCUGCCCGUCACCGGGGCGUCCCAAACACAGAUCCGUGGCAUUGGAUCAGGAAUUACGUUUGCGUAUGGUGGCCUGCACAAGUUCAGCAUAUUUACACUUCACUCCACUAACAGGGCGGAGAGGGAGAGAGCCCGCCUGGAGCGUGUGGAUGUCCAGAACAGGCUGUUCACCCAGAGAGAGGAUGAGGUGACGGGCAGGACCGAGCUCACCAUCGCCCCCAACCUCCUGGAGGUCUGCCAGACCGUGGAGGGAUUCAUCUUCGCAACCAACGCCGAAACGGAACAUGGCGGUGGAUCCAGUGAGGCGAAGGAGAGGGACUUUGCCCAGAUCAGGGCCAUGCUAGUGGGAUCAGGUCAGACGCCACCGCGGCCCCUACUGGUGCUGUCCUGUACCUCCAGAGAGGCGCCCGAGUGUCCCCGCUUCCCCUGCCUCAAGGUGGCGCAGUGGCUCAGUCUCAGCCAGCUGCCCAACCCCUGGAUGGUGCAGGACACGGUGGUGGAGAGCUUGUCGGGUCUUCUGGAUGGCAUUCAGUGGCUCCUCAGACAGACAGGAACAAGACUGUAGGCCUGCGGAGAAAACAAACAAGCUGCAUUUUGCCAAACGCUGCCUAAAAUGCUGACCUUUCCAUGCUGAUCCAAGGCACAUGCUGUGUGGUGCUGUGAAUUUUGGAAGCCUCUACAUAUUGUGUCUUCAAUGAGACGGGACAUCCUCUGUUCCAAAUCCUGACUGUUGAAUUUUGGAGUUUACAAGAUGCAUCUGUCAUCAGUUUUUACUGCAUAUUAUUCUGUAUAAUAUGUAUGACUGGGUGUGCGAUUUGUGUACGGGACAAUAUUUUUGUUUCACUCUCUUAGUAGCAGACUUUUCUGCUUUAAUUUAAAUGAAAGUACUGUAAUUACAUCUUUGCGAGACACUAUUGAUUUGCCAAUUUCAGUUCUGUUGUUUACAUCUGUUGUAAUUUAAUUUUUAAUUUUUAUUCAAUGGUCUCUCAGAACUCCUGAGGUAAAU